AUGAUUGGAAGUUUGGCAGAAAUCCCACUUGAACACCGGCUUGCCCAAGCUUGUCUCAUAGCAUUGUCCCUUCACGUCAAUUUCAACAUGUCUCGGACGCGUCCGCAUUUGAGGGGUGGGCUGAUGUUGGCCUUGUCGGCAGAGUUCACCACACAUCUCCGCCAUCGAGAUGUGAUGUUGGCGUCUAGCGGGAUCUUCCUCUUCAGUCUUCUGCUGGCCUUCAUGCUUUUCCCCUACAGCUAUGACCGCCCCAAGCGAGUCUUCCAACAGCACGUGGCGCGGUCAGAGGCCUCCUGGAACCUGCAGACUGGGGAGGUUCGAUGGCAAGAGAUGGAGCAUGGCCUGUGGACCAUUGCCAUGGAUUGGAACAACGUCGGCACUCUGAAGACGUUUGCACCAUAUGGGCUUCCUGCAGAGUCUAGACCACACAAUGACUCUGCGGGUAUCUAUGGGCAGGUGCCGAUGCCUUUUCCCAUGAAAGCCUUCCUGAUGGGUGGAAGUUGGUCCCCUCGACGAGCACCAGACCUACCCAGCCGCCUUUCUUUGGACCUCCGCGCUGGAGAAGUGCAACGCUCCCAUUAUCGGAGCUUGCAUGUUUCAGUGCGGGGAGGGCCUCAGAUGAUGAUGGUGCUGGCGCCAGCCUCCAGGGUGCAACAGUGGAAAGAAGUGCUGAUCAUAGAGAUGCAAAGCACAGCACUGAUCCAGCGAAUCUUCCACUGGGGCUCCCACGGAAGCGGAGCGACUGUGACUGUUUCUUUCUGCUCUAUGCUGAAGGCGGAAUUGAGCCCAGCGAAGGUAGCAGCGAAGCCUUUAACUUCACCGUGCUGGUGGAAGCGGGGACUGAGAUGCAUUUGGACCUUUGGGCUUUGCACUUGGAGAGCUCCAGCGACCACCUGCGCCACGAAGAGCGACGUGUGCCCAGCUGGGUGA